AUGUCCUACUCUGACGACUCACGCGACUCGUCCCCGAGGAGGAGCUCCGGCAGGCGUCGAGAACGUAGUCGUAGCCGCAGCCAAGGCAGAACUAGUCGUCGGCAUCGGAGUUAUGAUGAUUCCAGCGAUAGUGAUCGCGAUCGAAAGAAGAAAAGCUCUUCGCGGAAGAUUACUGAGGAAGAAAUUGCAGAGUAUCUGGCUAAAAAGCUCAGAGAAAGAUUUGUGUGGCGAAAGAAAAUCGAACGUGACGUUGCCCAUGGUGUGCCACUUGACAUGUUUUCGGUUAAAGCUGAGAAAAAGAAGCAGAAAGAAAGGAUGGCAGAGAUUGAAAAGGUGAAAAAGAGAAGAGAGGAAAGGGCACUUGAAAAAGCGCAGCAUGAGGAAGAAAUGGCAAUCUUAGCCAGAGAACGUGCCAGGGCUGAGUUCCAAGACUGGGAGAAAAAAGAAGAGGAGUUUCAUUUCGACCAAAGCAAAGUCAGAUCAGAGAUUAGAUUGCGUGAAGGGCGAGUGAAACCUAUUGAUGUCCUUUCCAAACACCUCAAUGUCUCAGAUGAUUUGGAUAUAGAAAUAGAUGAACCAUACAUGGUUUUCAAGGGUUUGACUGUCAAAGAGAUGGAAGAGCUUCGUGAUGACAUCAAAAUGCAUCUGGAUAUGGAUAGAAAAACUCAGACACAUACUGAUUAUUGGGAGGCACUUUUGGUGGUUUGUAAUUGGGAGCUGGCUGAAGCUCGGAAAAAGGAUGCGCUGGAUCGGGCUAGGGUGCGUGGGGAGCAACCUCCUUCCGAGUUGCUUGCAGAAGAAAGAGGUCUGCAUUCCAGUAUUGAAGCAGAUGUCAGGAAUCUCUUGGAAGGGAAGACGUCUAAUGAGCUUGAAGCAUUAAGGUCUCAAAUUGAGUCACAAAUGAGCUCAGGCACAGCGAAAGUAGUUGAGUAUUGGGAGGCUGUUCUUAAACGACUUCAGAUAUACAAGGCAAAGGCUUGUUUGAAGGAAAUUCAUGCUAAGAUGUUACGCAAGCAUUUGCAACGCCUUGAGCCUCCAUUGAAGGGUGAUGAUAUGAUGGAAAAUGAUAAUAGUUUAAGGUUUAGCGAGGAGGAUAGCGAGCUUGUUGAUAUCCAAGAUGCUGAAACAUUCUCUCCAGAAUAUGUAUUGGAGGAGGAGACUCAUGAGGCAGAAGAGGCUGGAUCAUUUUCACCUGAAUUAUUGCAUGGUGAUGAAAAUGAAGAAGCAAUUGAUCCUGAAGAGGAUAGGGCUAUACUGGAAAGGAAACGAAUGGCUGUUGUAGAAGAACAACAAAGACGAAUUCAAGAGGCUAUGGUAUCAAAGCCACCUCCUUCAGAAGAUAACUUGGAGCUGAAGGCCAUGAAAGCAAUGGGAGUGAUGGAGGAAGGUGAUGCAGUAUUUGGCUCUGGUGCUGAAGUGAAUCUAGAUUCACAGGUAUAUUGGUGGCAUGACAAGUACCGACCGAGAAAGCCCAAGUACUUCAACCGUGUUCACACUGGAUAUGAGUGGAACAAAUACAAUCAGACUCACUAUGAUCAUGACAACCCACCUCCUAAGAUUGUGCAAGGAUACAAAUUCAAUAUCUUCUACCCAGAUCUUGUUGACAAGACAAAGGCUCCAACUUAUACCAUUGAGAAGGAUGGUGGCAACGGCGAGACUUGCAUUAUCAGGUUCCAUGCAGGGCCACCAUAUGAAGAUAUAGCAUUCAAGAUCGUAAACAAAGAAUGGGAAUAUUCUCAUAAGAAGGGAUUUAAGUGCACAUUCGAACGUGGAAUUUUGCAUGUUUACUUCAACUUCAAACGCUACCGCUACCGUCGAUGA